AUGUGGAUUCUACCGCUAGUUGGAUAUUUGGGUGUGGUUGUCGGGUUUGCAUUUCUCACCUUGGCCAUUGCCUCGGGACUCUACUACCUAUCCGAACUCGUCGAGGAACAUACAGUCCUUGCUCGCCGCCUGUUGAGCCGUCUGAUCUACGGCAUCGUCACAGUUCAGGUUAUGCUUAUGAUAUUCGACCGUUUCCCUGUGCCACUAUCGCUGCUGAGCAUUGUUUCGCAUUUGGUCUACGCCAGCAACCUGCGCCGAUUUCCCGUCGUCAAAUUAUCCGAUCCUCUCUUCAUCCUCUCCUGCGUUCUAGUCGGUCUCAACCAUUGGCUAUGGUUCCGACACUUCUCUAAGCCUCUGCCUCCGUCGGAUAACUGGCGAAACCCGUAUGGGGUCGAUUAUGAGAAUAUGCCGUCUUUCAGCGAAGUGGCUUCAUACUUUGGUCUUUGCGUUUGGCUAGUUCCGUUCGCUCUGUUUGUCAGUCUGAGCGCGGGAGAGAAUGUCUUGCCUACCAUGGGCUCUGAGCAUGUUACUGGCGAACGUGAUAGCUUGGGUCCCUCUGAUGGCAAGUCUAAAAACAAGGGGAUGGCUAAAGCUUUGGUGGAUGGUGUGCGAGAUUGGACAAGUGAAACUGGCGAACUUAUGGGUCUCUGGAGAGGAGAAAGGACAAGACGAUUCUGA